AUGAAUAGGAACAGUGAAGCUCCCAGCUUUCCUCACCUGAGCACCAUGUUUUUCUGUGAAAUCAGUGUUGGGAUCAUAGCCAACACUGCUCUGCUUCUCUCCCACAUCCCCACAUUUCCUCUCAAGCACAGGCCCAAGCCCACUGACCUGACCAUUGGUCACUUAGCUCUUGUCCACCUAGUGAUGCUGCUGACUGUGGGGUUYAUAACUGCAGACACUUUGGGGUCUCAGGGUUUAAGGSAUGACAUAAUAUGUAAGUCAGUUAUUUACUUGUACAGGCUGAUGGGGGGCCUGUCCUUUUGUACCACCUGCCUGCUGAGUGUCCUCCAGGCUGUCACCCUCAGCCCCAGAAGCUGCUGCUUGACAAAGUUCAAGUGUAACUCCUCACCUCAGAGCCUCUGCUGCUUUUCCUUCUUGUGGGUCUUYAAUAUGCUCAUCAGUGGUCGCUUCUUGAUCUCUAUUGUUGCCACUCCCAAUGUCACCACACACAGUCUCAUGUUUGUUACUAAGKCCUGCUCUCUUUUGUCUACAAAUUACUUGUUCAGGUAUAUGUAUUUCUCCCUUGUGACYUUCCAGGAUGUCUUCCUUAUAGGACUCAUGGCCCUCUCCAGKGGGUACAUGGUGACCCUCUUGUGCAGGCAUAAGAGGCAGUGCCAGCACCUUCACAAUACCAGCCUGUCUCCAAAAGCAUCCCCAGAACAGAGGGCCUCCAGGACCAUCCUGCUGCUCAUGGGUCUCUUUGUGGUCAUGUACUUUUGGGACUUUGCUGUCUCCUCCUCUUCUGCAAUGCCAUGGAACAAUGAUCCAGUUCGUUAUUAUGUCCAGAUGCUGGUGGGCAACGGCUAUGCCACCCUGAGUCCUUUGGUGUUAAUCAGCACCAAGAAACAAAUGAUGAGGUUCUUAACAUCCCUGUGGGGUAAGGAUGGCAAAUGCUUAAUUAUUCAGUAG